AUGGAGUCCUCUUGGUCUUCCUCGGGAGGCGGCCUGGGAUCUACAGACCCACAGCUGCAGCGUUUCAUGGAGAUGGAGGUGCAGAAGCAGCGGGUGCAGCUGCUCAUCCACCACAUGACGGAGCUCUGCUGGGAGAAGUGCAUGGACAAGCCGGGGCCCAAGCUGGAUGGCCGGGCCGAGCUCUGCUUGGUGAACUGCGUCGAGCGCUUCAUCGAUACGAGCCAGUUCAUCUUGAAUCGACUGGAGCAGACCCAGAAGGCCAGACCAUUGUUCGCAGAAAGCCUUUCCGACUGAGCUCAGCGUUUCUCUCCUUGGAAGAGGAAGGACUUCGGAUGCCAUCUAUUUGGAGACUGAUGAGGAAAUCCUGAAAUAGUCUGUGCCUGCAGGAAGUAAGCAACUCAUAUGGAGAGGCUG